AUGCCUCGAGAAGUACCGAUGGAUUUGUUGAACGACUCAACGGAGGAGGUAGUUUAUAGGAGUAAAAAUAGCAAUUUGUUCAAAAAUAUAGCCAAACAAACUUGUUUCAAUGAGAGAGAAGUAAAAGCUCUUUCGUUGAUACACCGUAAAAUCGAGAAAGUGAGGGGUCCCCUCAACCGAUCGGUAUUCCGGGACAUCUUCCACGGCGGUCUCGAUUUCACCGAGAACAAACGCCACUUGCUCAUCGACCGGAUAUUUUCUCAAUUCGACCAGCGAAAUACCCUCCUACGUAUCCCCACCGACGACUGGGUGUCGGGCUGGUCGACCGUCCUCCGAGACCCAACAGCGCAGAAAGCCAAGUUCGCGUACAAAGUUUACGACUUGAUGAAAUCGAACAAGCUGUCGAAGGAGCAAAUAUUCCCCAUGAUGCGCGGCUGCCUCAUAAAGUUACAGCCCGAGGAAGACCCGGACGACGUGGAAAAGGACAUGAUAGAGCUGCUGGUGAAGGCAGUCGACAUCGACAGGGACGGCGACAUAUCGCCCUCGGAGUUCAGCGAAACGGUGAUGAAGAAGAACCUGCUGUUCCUCGAGUGCAUGGGUCCCGUGUUGCCCUCGAGAGAGGCGAGGCACGCUUUUCUGACCACCUUCGCGGACGAGGUGCAAUUCUAA